AUGGCUGACACUGAAACUGAGAACAAGAUCAAUAACUUGUGUCAUGAAAUGGAAGAAUUCGGGUUUUGCAGCCAAACCUUCCAUGAGAAUCUGAACGGCCCGACAGACGACAUAGGACUAACCCAAAUAGCAAUUGUCGAAGCUCAAGCCAAUGCAAGCAAUACACUUAGGUAUAUUCAAGAGCUUCUUCCAACUAUAAUCGAUCUUAAAUUGAAGAACGACCUUAUAAUAUGUGAAAAUGCAUACAAGACGGUGGAUGAAGCACUUCAAGAAGGAAUUGGCUUAUUCUUGAAAAGGGAUUAUAGAGGCAUGUUAAUUGCCGUGAAGAUUGCACCGAGAGCACAAGCAAGUUGCGACAUGAUUUUCAGUACACCAUUAGAGAAACGAGGUCUACUAGAGGAGAGGAACAGAGAGGUACGGAUUCUUGUUGCCAUGGCUAUAGUUUGUGGUUCCAUCAUUGUAUCUUAA